CAGUCACCACCCCCGAAAUGACCUCACACAAUACUCCCAGCUUCAUGUCUUCAAUCAUCACCACCAAGACCACCUCACACAGUACUCCCAGCUUCACUUCUUCAACCAUCUACUCCACAGUCAGCUCAUCCACAACUGCCAUCACCUCACCUUUCACUACCUCAGAGACUGGGGUGACUUCCACACCUUCAUCCCCAUCUUCUCUGAGUACAGACAUCCCGACCACAUCCCUAAGAACUCUCACCCCAUUACCUUUGUGCACCAGCACUUCAUUGACUACAACCACAGGCCUUCCCUCUAUACCCACUGAUAUCAGUAGCUUACCAACCCCAAUACACAUCAUUUCAUCUUCUCCCUCCAUCCAAAGUACAGAAACCUCAUCCCUUGUGGGCACCAUCUCUCCCACCAUGUCCACUGUGAGAGCGACCCUCAGAAGUACUGAGAACACCCCAAUGAGUUCCUUUAGCACAAGUAUUGUUGUUAUUCCUGAAACCCCAACACAGGCCCCUCCUGUACUAAUGUCUGCCACUGGGACCCAAACAUCCCCUGUACCUACUACUGUCACCUUUGGAAGUAUGGAUUCCUCUACGUCCACUCUUCUUACUCUUACUCCAUCAACAGCCUUGAGCAAGAUCAUGUCAACAUCACAGUUUCCUAUUCCUAGCACACAUUCCUCCACCCUUCAAACAACUCCUUCAAUCCCCUCUUUGCAAACUUCACUCACAUCUACAAGUGAGUUCACUACAGAAUCUUUCACUAGGGGAAGUACGUCUACAAAUGCAAUCUUGACUUCUUUUAGUACCAUCAUCUGGUCCUCAACACCGACUAUUAUCAUGUCCUCUUCUCCGUCUUCUGCCAGCAUAACUCCAGUGUUCGCUACUACCAUUCAUUCUGUUGCUUCUUCACCAUACAUUUUCAGUACAGAAAAUGUGGGCUCCACUUCUAUCACAGCGUUUCCUAGUCUCUCUUCCUCUGCAACUACCAGCACUUCUCCAACCAGCUCCUCUCUGACCACAGGUCUCACUGAAACAACCCCCUUUUCUUAUAUUUCCCUUCCCUCCACCACACCCUGUCCAGGAACUAUAACAAUUACCAUAGUCCCUGCCUCCCCCACUGAUCCAUGUGUUGAAAUGGAUCCCAGCACUGAAGCUACUUCUCCUCCCACCACCCCAUUAACAACCUUUCCCUUUACUACUGAAAUGGUCACCUGUCCUAGCUCCAUCAGUAUGCAAACUACUCUUGCUACACAUAUGGACACUUCUUCCAUGAUGCCAGAAAGUGAGUCCAGCAUCAUACCUAAUGCUUCCAGUUCCAUUGGCACUGGGACUGUACCCACAAACACAGUUUUCACAAGUACUCGACUGCCCACCAGUGAGACCUGGCUGAGCAACAGCUCUGUGAUCCCCCCACCUCUUCCUGGCAUCUCUACCAUCCCGCUCACCAUGAAACCAAGCAGUAGCCUCCCAACCAUCCUGAGGACUUCAAGCAAGUCAACACACCCCUCCCCACCCACCGCCAGGACUUCAGAGACAUCAGUGGCCACUACCCAGACUCCUACCACCCUUACAACGCGCAGGACAACUCCCAUCACUUCUUGGAUGACCACACAGUACAUGUUGACCACCACUGCAGGCACCUGUGACAAUGGUGGCACUUGGAAACAGGGCCAGUGUGCUUGCCUUCCGGGGUUCUCUGGGGACCGCUGUCAGCUCCAGACCAGAUGCCAGAACGGGGGUCAGUGGGAUAGCCUCAAGUGCCAGUGCCCCAGCACCUUCUAUGGUUCCAGUUGUGAGUUUGCUGUGGAACAGGUGGAUCUAGAUGUAGUGGAGACCGAGGUGGGCAUGGAAGUGUCUGUGGAUCAGCAGUUCUCGCCAGACCUCAAUGACAACACUUCCCAGGCCUACAGGGAUUUCAACAAGACCUUCUGGAAUCAGAUGCAGAAGAUUUUUGCAGACAUGCAGGGCUUCACCUUCAAGGGUGUGGAGAUCCUGUCCCUGAGGAAUGGCAGCAUCGUGGUGGACUACCUGGUCCUGCUGGAGAUGCCCUUCAGCCCCCAGCUGGAGAGCCAGUACGAGCAGGUGAAGACCACGCUGAAGGAGGGGCUGCAGAACGCCAGCCAGGAUGCGAACAGCUGCCAGGACUCCCAGACCCUGUGUUUUAAGCCUGACUCCAUCAAGGUGAACAACAACAGCAAGACAGAGCUGACCCCGGAAGCCAUCUGCCGCCGCGCCGCUCCCACGGGCUAUGAGGAGUUCUACUUCCCUCUGGUGGAGGCUACCCGGCUCCGCUGUGUCACCAAAUGCACGUCGGGCGUGGACAACGCCAUCGACUGUCACCAGGGCCAGUGCGUUCUGGAGACGAGCGGUCCCGCGUGUCGCUGCUACUCCACCGACACGCACUGGUUCUCUGGCCCGCGUUGCGAGGUGGCCGUCCACUGGAGGGCGCUGGUCGGGGGCCUGACGGCCGGCGCCGCGCUGCUGGUGCUGCUGCUGCUGGCGCUGGGCGUCCGGGCGGUGCGCUCCGGAUGGUGGUGCGGCCAGCGCCGAGGCCGGUCCUGGGACCAGGACAGGAAAUGGUUCGAGACCUGGGAUGAGGAAGUCGUGGGCACUUUUUCAAACUGGGGUUUCGAGGACGAAGGAACAGACAAGGAUACAAAUUUCUAUGUGGCCUUGGAGAACGUGGACACCACUAUGAAGGUGCACAUCAAGAGACCCGAGAUGACCUCCUCCUCAGUGUGAGCCCUGCGGGGCCCCUUCACCACCCCCUCCGCCACCCCCUCCGCCCUGCCUCGGACACAAGGGUCUGCACGCGUCCAUUUCAAGAGGUGGCCCCAGGACGCGGGCAGCCCAGGCUCCUGCUGUUCUUGGGGAAGAUGAGACUGUUUCCCCAAAUCCCAUCCUUCUCUUUCCAACUUGGCUGAAACCCACCUGGAGACGCAGUUCACGUCCAGGCUCUUCCACUGUGGAAUCGUGGGCAAGUCAGUAACGAGCCUCAGUUUCCUCACCUGCAAAACGGGUACAGCAUUCCUGUAUGAUAUCUCACGCCGUUGUUGUGUAAACCACAUAGACUUGGUCAAUUCUCGAUCCUACUCUGCCCUCCCGUCUCAGCCCUCGUGUUGCCAUUGCCUCUCUCGGAUCCUCCAAUCCUCACGUCCUUCACCUGGUCUCUGGCCCUGGUUCCUAUUUUCUCUCAAUUCCCUACUGCCUGUUUCUUACUCUGAACCUGGAGGCAGCCUGCAGCCCCAUCCCAUCUCCCGCCCUCUCCUGAUCUAACUCCCUGCUGCAUCUCUUGCUCUCAUUCCUUAGACGUCCUCCGCUUUUGACCCCGUUCCUUCAUCCAUCCUGCCCCCCAGUCCCCCAGCCCUAAAUCCUCCCUCCUCUCCUCACAUUCUAGUCCCUAGCAAGGUAUAGAUAGCCUCUGUGUCUUAGGAUACCCCAGGUGCUGUUCCCCCGGUCACCCUGUUGCCCAGUUCCCCGUUUCUCUUGCUCUCAUUCCUUGUAUCUUCUCCCCUUCUGAGCCCAUCCAUUCAUCAGUUCUGCCCCCACUCCCCCAGCCCUAAAUACCCCAGCUCCUAAUCCCCCCCUCACCCCGUUGCCCAAUUCCCCGUUUCUCUUGCUCUCAUUCCUUGUAUCUUCUCCCCUUCUGAGCCUGUCCAUUCAUCGGUGGUUCUGCCCCUACUCCCCCAGCCCUAAAUACCCCAGCUGCUGUUCCUCCCCAUCACCCAGCCACCGGAUUCUCCAUUCACCCCUUUCUCUCACCCCUGGAGCCCCGUGGGUGGGGGCAGGGCAUGAGUUCCCCAGUCCCCAAGGAAAGGCAGCCCCCUCAGUCUCCCUCCUCCUCAUUCCCUUCCAUCUCCCUCCCCUCUGCCUUUUAAACCCAUCCCCUCCGAUUCCCCUCCUCCCCGCUCUCUCCCGAGUCGCAGGUGUCAACUCGAUUCCUGCGGCACCUCUGAGCCCUGAAAUCCUCAGUCUCCUUGGCGGGGAAGAUCGGCUUUGGGAACAGGAAGUCGGCACAUCUCCAGGUCUCCAUGUGCACAAUAUACAGUUUAUUGU